UGGUGAUUGUCGGUUGUGAUUGGUGACAUUUUAAUAUCGUACCAGAACACGAAAGUAGAAAUUAUCCAUAAUGUCAAAGCCUAGUACAUGUCAAACUUUAAGUUAAUAGAAGAAUAAUUAUAGAACACAUUUCUGAUUUUACGUAAUAACAAAACAAACAUCUCUUUCAAUGUAAAUGCUAUUUUGUAGUUAACAUCAGAACAUGGAAACUACCUCAAAGUCUACCACGACACCCACUAAAACUUCUUCAGGACAUAAUGACAAUGAGGACCCCUACCCAAGCCUUUCAGACUGCCAUGAUUAUGAACCUAACCUAGAAUUUGACGAUACGGAACUGCAACACACUGUUGUCAAUCCAGAUCUACUGCAAGACGAUGUUGUGUCUCUUGGUGGUGGUCUUGACUAUCUGGAGUCACCUGUUUCGGACGGCACUAUUGAGGAUAACUUCGAAGCGGAGCUGCUGAAUGCCCCAACCCGAGCGUUUGAUAGCCUCUCGUACCCAUUUGUUGAUGAGGAUGAGGAUGAGGAGGACUUUAGUGAUGUUUCCACGUACGGCAUCGUGGAGGUAGUGGGUGAUGACACAGCCGGACGUAGAGUCAUUGUUGUGAGCGCGUGUCGUCUCCCAGGCAACAAGGAGCUUGACCACCAGCGGCUAUUAAGGUAUCUGAUGUACACUCUGGACAAGUUUGUGGAACAGGAUUAUAGCCUAGUAUACUUCCAUCACGGGCUGACCAGUAAAAACAAGCCCACCAUCUCUUGGCUUUGGCAGGCUUACUGUGCUUUCGACCGCAAGUAUAAGAAGAAUCUCAAAGCCCUCUACUUAGUGCACCCCACCAACUUUAUUCGUAUCAUCUGGAAGAUAUUUAGAGCUGUGAUCAGUGUCAAAUUUGGACGCAAGAUGAUGUAUGUAAAUUGCCUUAAUGAACUAAGUCAGUAUCUCAAUUUGGACCAAAUCAGCAUACCCCAACCUGUCUUAGAGCACGAUGAGCGUUUGAUGGCAAAGAACAGCCGAUUCAGCAGUUCGAGUGCUGCAGCACCCUCACCUCCCCACACUCCAGCCCCAACUCCUCUACCCACCCAACAAUUUGGGGUGAGUCUGCAGUUCAUCAAAGAAAAUCACCAGGGAGAGGUCAUCCCACCACUUGUCAGGCAGUGUGUAGAAUUCCUUAGCUCACCUGAUGCACUAGAGACUGAAGGUCUGUUUCGAAGGUCUGCAAAUGUCUCAGUUGUCAAAGAACUGCAAGCAAAAGUCAAUCAAGGGCUUCCAAUAGAUUUCAAUGGUGAUGUCCAUAUUGCAGCAGUCCUUUUGAAAACAUUCCUUAGAGAAUUAGAAGAGCCUAUUAUGACCUUUGACCUCUACGAUGAAAUCACCCAAUUUCAGAGUAUAUCAAAAGAUGAGAGGCCAAGACAUGUAAAAAUUUUAAUACUGGAAAAAUUACCAGAAGACAAUUACCAAGUUCUAAAAUAUAUAGUUCGAUUCCUUUCAAAGGUGAUGGACAGAUGUGAUUUAAACAAGAUGACGUCUUUCAACUUGGCCGUGGUGUUCGGGCCGAACCUGGUGUGGUCACAGUCGGGUCAGUUAUCACUGUCCGCUAUCGCUCCCAUCAACAUGUUCACAGACUUCGUGCUAGUCCACCACGACCAGAUAUUUAUCAUCUAACUUCACUCGCUCUAUGUGCUCAAAAUGACAAAACACACAGUUGCUAAAUUAGGAACGGAUUUCCAUGACUGUAACAUUAUUAUGCUUAAACUUAGCCUGUGAUAUUUAACCUCUUUGAAAGAGUAAUUAGCUGUUGGAAGACAUCAGCUUUAUAACAUGUCUUUUUUUAUUAUAUUCUCCCUUCCCCCUAAAAACCACUGUACAAGGUAAGCAAUUUCAUAUUUUAAAAUAUCUAAUGCACUGUUUAAAAACCAUAGACUUGAAUGUUAUAUUUUAAAGAUGUUUUGUAAUUAUUUAUUUAAAUAUUAUUUGUAAAAGAAAUAAUUUAAAAUUUCUUUUGAACAAUUGCAAAUCAGUAAACAAGCAAUGGUAGAAUAUCAUGUCUAAUGACAACGGUAAAUCAAAUAAGAAUAAUUCUUUUGCUAUAAAGGUGCUUCCAAUAAAUUUUGAAAAUAGUAGACUCUAUGCUUGUUUUGAUCAUCCUAUUAUAUAUUUUUUAUAAGAAUACUGAAUCAUUUUUUUCUAAAUAGAGUUGUACUAUUACAACAUAUAAAGUAAUUUAUAUUUCAAGUAAAUUAAUUGCUGUAUUGUGAUAAACAAAAUUUGGUUCUUAUUUGUUCCCUUUAACUACUUUGUGUUUAUAGUAAAAACCAAAAUUUUACAUUAUAAAAACAGAUCUCUCAGCUCAGAACAUAGCAAUGUUGGGAAGGGUUGAGCACUAAGCAGAUGGUGAAAUGGAGCUAAACUCAGCAUUCAUAUCAGUUCAGAUUCUAAGAAUUUUUUUCUUUCAAAUUAACACUGGUGGUUUGUUUUUAAUUUGUUUAUUAUAUUAGUGUUUUUAUUUUACUUAAUAAAUUUGUGUUCAAAUGUAAUUGAUUAUACUGACAAAUUAAUCAAAUCUGAGAAAGCUUGAACAGUAGAAGUCGCUUUGAUUCAUUCUCACCUUGAACGUAAUGACCCACAAAAAUUUGUUUAUAGUAUUUGAAUAGGAAUAAGUAUAAUUAGAUCAUAUUAUAUUUAUGUAAUUGGUUUGUUUGUAAUUAAUCAUAGGUUUAUGUUAAAAAUUAUUGACAAGAGUUAUUCUCUCCGUUUCCAAGAAAUUAUAUCUCUUUUACAACUAAAAAUUUUGCAGGUACAGUAGCAGGUUUCUUGAUAUUUAUUUUAAACUACAUAAUUUUCUAGUUUAUAUUCUCCUCUCAAUCUUACUGUAAUGUUGAAAUUGCAUAAUUUGGAAAGGGAAUAGCUAAAAUAAUGUAUAAGUUGUUAAUAAAAUGUAUAAUGUAGGAGUUGUUCCUAAUUUAGCAAGUCAAUCAAUACUAGUUGUAUAAUAGGUAAACUUUAGCUAGUCAGUUUAUUAAGUGACAGUAAUGUAAGCAUUGACUAGCUUUGUAUGGUAAUUUUUACUCAACAAAAACAAGAUAAUGUCCUACUGUUAAUAUUAACACAGUUGUUUACAUUAAUGUCACUGUCACUUAAUUAAGGGAAUGGCAAAAGUAAUAUUAAUUAUAAAUAGUGUAAAAAAUUAAGGAAAACAUUUAAUGACAGUAUUACGCAAUCACAGACUUUUCUUGGACUUGGUCUAAAUCAAAAUAUUUUUAUGAGCGUUGUUAAAAAGGAAGUACCUAACGAACGAAUGUAUUAUUGUGUGAGAGUUAUAUUAAUGUUUCUAUUUUCAUAAGUCUUUGUAAGUUAGUGACGCACAUAACGAAGAUGGAAUGGACAGCCAAUAUUAUGUUUCAACACCAAUAAAACUAAAAAAAGAC